GCAGGGCUGGAGAAAGGCUGGUAGCGCGCUGCAGCGAGCAUGGCCCGUACCAAGCAGACGGCUCGUAAAUCCACCGGUGGCAAAGCGCCCCGCAAGCAGCUCGCUACUAAAGCUGCCCGGAAAAGCGCCCCCGCCACGGGCGGGGUGAAGAAGCCCCAUCGCUACCGCCCCGGCACCGUGGCGCUGCGGGAAAUCCGCCGCUACCAGAAAUCCACCGAGCUGCUGAUCCGCAAGCUGCCCUUCCAGCGCCUGGUGCGGGAGAUCGCCCAGGACUUCAAGACGGACCUGCGCUUCCAGAGCUCGGCCGUCAUGGCCUUGCAGGAGGCGAGCGAGGCUUAUCUGGUGGGGCUCUUCGAGGACACCAACCUGUGCGCCAUCCACGCCAAGCGGGUCACCAUCAUGCCCAAGGACAUCCAGCUGGCGCGCCGCAUCCGCGGGGAGAGAUUAAGCCCUUGGCCUGCGCCAGAAGACACUUUUCUUUUUGUGCUACCUAGACUCAGAGUUGAGAUGUCAGGUCGUGGUAAGGGUGGAAAGGGCCUGGGUAAGGGAGGUGCUAAGAGGCACCGUAAGGUCUUAAGAGACAAUAUCCAGGGUAUUACGAAGCCUGCGAUCCGCCGACUGGCUCGCCGCGGCGGGGUGAAGCGCAUCUCGGGGCUGAUCUACGAAGAGACCCGCGGGGUGCUGAAGGUUUUCCUGGAGAACGUGAUUCGGGACGCGGUGACUUACACCGAGCACGCCAAGCGGAAGACGGUAACGGCCAUGGAUGUGGUGUACGCCCUGAAACGCCAGGGGCGCACCCUGUACGGCUUCGGGGGUUAAACUGCCAGCCCAGGAACCGAAACUGUUAGGAGGAGAUUGCUUGUGAUGUGAAAUCCUUGUGCAGCUAACCCUAGCUGUGGAUCGUUGGAUUCGUGGCUAACCUCCUCCGGCUUUUAUUUGGAGAUAUCUUCCUUCUCCGUUGUCCUUUCUGAAGCCCUUUGAUACUUUGUAACACAGCAGCUUCCUUGCCUUCAGCAGGAAACUGCCUUUGCGUGACAAGGGAAAUCUGUUUUCAUAGUAAUCUAAUAGUGACUAAACUGAAA